UGACACUCGUCUCUCGCGCUUUAAUAGUAGGAUCCCGUCUAUGCGUGCAGUUGAAGUGUGAACGUGCUGUAUGCGUACUGCGGUUCUCACCUUGGGGGGGAAGUUCCGUUUAUCUUUGCCUUUGGCAUUUGACAGCUGGUUUACAAAUUGCUGAGCAUCUCACUGUGAGCAAACGUGCAGUGAAAAGAAAGCGCACAGCUGAGAACAAACGCAUGCAUGUUUACGCACUAAGUACUGCGCUUGGAUUUCAAAGUGGACUUGGACUGAGAGAAGUUUCGGGUGUCGGAUAUAUAUAUAUAUAUAUAUAUUUAAAUCCUCUUCGUCCUGUUACUCUACAAUGAAAGCAGUGAACAGUCUUCUCCUCCUGUGGUCGUGUACUCUGGUGCAGGAAUGGACUUUAUGCAUCGGUGAGGAAGAAAACCCGUCACCGAUGAAAAGUGUGAAUCCUUGUUGCUACUACCCUUGUCAGAACCGGGGCAUUUGUAUGAGAUACGGACUAGACCGAUACCAGUGUGACUGCACCAGAACUGGGUACUAUGGAGAAAACUGCACUAUCCCUGAGUUCUGGUCCAGAGUCUAUGAGCUCAUGAAGCCAAGUCCUGAUGUCGUCCACUACAUCCUGACCCAUUUUUACUGGUUAUGGAGCCUUAUAAACAAUACCUUCCUGAGGGAGUGGAUCAUGUAUAAGGUCCUUACAGUGCGAUCAGACCUUAUUCCCAGCCCUCCUACCUAUAACUCCAAGUAUGGCUACCUGAACUGGGAAUCAUAUUCCAAUAUCACUUAUUACACCCGACUUCUGCCUCCAGUGCCACUGGACUGCCCAACACCGAUGGGUGCCAAAGGAAAAAUUGAGCUUCCAGAUCCCAAACUGUUGGUGGAAAAGUUUUUAUUGAGGCGGGAAUUCAGGCCAGACCCCCAGGGUACAAAUUUAAUGUUUGGCUUUUUCGCUCAGCACUUCACUCACCAGUUCUUCAAAACACACAACCGGAUGGGGCUUGGCUUUACCAAAGGUCUAGGCCACGGGGUGGAUGCUGGACAUAUUUAUGGAGAUAACCUUGAACGCCAGCUGAGUCUUAGACUUCUCAAAGAUGGGAAGCUGAAGUACCAGAUCGUCAAUGGGGAGAUGUACCCACCUACAGUGGCAGAGACCAACGUGAACAUGAACUACCCUCCAUCAGUUCCACCAGAAAAGCAAAUGGCUAUUGGGCAGGAGGUGUUUGGCCUGUUGCCAGGCUUAAGCAUGUACGCCACCCUGUGGCUGCGUGAACACAACCGUGUGUGUGACAUCCUAAAGAAAGAGCAUCCCACCUGGGGAGAUGAGCAACUCUUUCAGACCACCAGACUUAUUAUUAUAGGUGAGACUAUCCGAAUAGUGAUUGAGGAUUAUGUACAGCACCUAAGUGGCUACCAUCUAAAGCUGAAAUUUGAUCCAUCCCUGCUCUUCAGCUCCAAAUUCCAGUACCAGAACCGAAUUUCCGUGGAGUUUAAUCAGCUUUAUCACUGGCAUCCACUCAUGCCCAACAGCUUCUUCAUUGAUGGAACUGAGAUUUCCUAUGAUGGGUUCAUGUUCAACACCUCCAUUCUGACUCACUAUGGAGUAGAGAAACUGGUGCAGGCUUUCUCAACUCAGCCAGCAGGACAGAUUGGAGGUGGCCGUAAUAUUCCACAUAUAGUGGCCAGAGUAGCUGAAGGAGUCAUUAAAGAAUCUAGGCAACUUCGGCUACAGCCAUUUAAUGAGUACCGCAAAAGAUUUAACCUGAAACCAUACAAAUCAUUCUAUGAAUUUGCAGCUGACAAGGAGAUCGCCCGUGAGUUGGAAGAGCUCUAUGGAGAGAUCGACGCUAUGGAAUUUUAUCCUGCUUUAUUGCUAGAGAAGACACGACCUGAUGCCAUAUUCGGACAGAGCAUGGUAGAAAUGGGGGCGCCAUUUUCCCUAAAAGGUCUUAUGGGAAACCCCAUAUGUUCACCUGAAUACUGGAAGCCCAGCACUUUUGGAGGUCAGAUUGGCUUUGAUAUUGUCAACUCUGCUACUCUGCAAAGACUGGUUUGUCUCAAUACUAAGUGGUGUCCUUAUGUAUCCUUCCAUGUUCCCCCGCCAGGUUAUCAGCAGAAAAAAUCAGGUGACACUCAUGCUGAAUUGUAGCCAAAAAUAGAGAUGAGAGAGAGUUUUUAGACGCUCCAACCAGGUUGUCUGGGAUGCUGCAGCAGAUAUUUGUUUACACAGUUGGCUGACUUACGUUAUUACAUUAACAACAUACAGUUGUGAAAAUAAGUAUUGAACAUGGCAACAUUUUUUUUUCAGGAAAUAUAUUUCCAAUGAGGCAAUUCACAUGAAAUUUUCAUCAGACAUCACUAUUAACUUAAGAAAUCCAAACAUUAAAGUCCAUAAAUGAAGUUAUGUGUAAUAAAGAGGAAUAACACGAAAAAAAGCAUUGAAAACGCUAACUGCAAUUUAUUUAAUACUUAGUGGAUAAGACUUUGUUUGUAAUGACAGCUUUAGGACACUUCCUGUAGGAAGAAAUUAAUGGGCCUCAGUAUUCAGGUGUGAUUUUGGCCCAUUCUUCUAAACAUAUUGUUUUUAAAUCUUGUCUAAUUGGAUUCAAGUCAGGUCUAAGUCAGGUCAUUCUAACACCUUGAUUUUUUUCUCUGAAACCAAGUGAGAGUUUCCUUUGCUGUAUGCUUUGGAUCGUUGUCCUGCUGGAAGGUGAACGCAUGUCUCAUCUUCAUCAUCCUGGUGAACGGCAGAUAAAUCUCGAGAAUCUCCUGGUUAAGGGCUCUGUUCAUCGUUCCUUCAAUUAUAUGAAAUCUACCAGUACCAUGUGAUGAAAAACAGCCCCACACCAUGAUGCUUCCACCUCCAAACUUCACUGUUGGUAUAGUGUUUUAAGGGUGAUGUGCAGUGCCAUUUCUUCUCCAAACAUGGUGUGUAAUCUGACAGCCAAAAAGUAAAA